GUAUGAGAUUCUUGAUUCCGAGAAGAACGCAUCAUCCGCCUAAUAACCAUGAACUCGGAGGGAGGGAUUGGCGCUGGCAUAACCAAUCGCCCGUCGCAGCAAUGCUCGGCCGCCGCGGCGGAGGACGGGGACGACUACGAGAGGCCAUGCCCAUGGAUCCCCGGGAAGAAGAAGAAGAAGAAGAUCACGUGCCUCGCCAUUUGCCUCAUCGCGUCGCCGAUCUUGAUCCUCCUGGUUAGCCGGCGAGGCUCGCCGUUCCCGUCCAUGUCCGGCUGGGCGUCGCCGUCCAGGAUGUACGCAUCGAAAGGGUCCAAGAGAGACGUGCUCAUGGGCGGCCUGCUCGUCCCGGGACUCGACGAGCGGACGUGCGCCAGCCGGUACAGCUCGGCGAUGUACCGCAAGAACACGGCGCGAUCACCGUGCCGUCACCUCGUCAAGCGGCUGCGGGAGCAGGAGGCGCUGCAGCGGCGGUGCGGCCCGGGCACGGCGGCGUACUGGAGGGCGGCGGAGCGGCUGGGCUCCCGGCGGAACGGCACGGCCGGCGCCGACGACGAAGGGUGCAAGUACCUCGUGCUUGUGCCGUACAGGGGCCUAGGGAACAGGAUGCUGGCCAUGGCGUCGGCGUUCCUCUACGCCAUGCUCACCGGCCGCGCGCUGCUCGUCGACAGGGGGGAGUCGCUGGCCGACCUGUUCUGCGAGCCGUUCCCGGGCACGUCGUGGCUGCUGCCGCCGGAGUUCCCGAUCAAGAACCUCCAGGACUUGACCGGCGAGGCGCCGGAGAGCUACAGGAACCUGGUGCAGAGCGACCGGCCGGCCACGUCGGUGUCGGAGCUCCCCUACGUCUUCGUCGACCUCGACCAUGGCUGCACCUACCACGACAAGCUCUUCUACUGCGACGACGAACGCCAUUUCCUCCACCGGGCGCCAUGGCUGCUGAUGAGGACCGACGGCUACUUCCCGCCGGCGCUGUUCCUCAACCCGGCGUACCAAGACGAGCUCGACCGGCUGUUCCCUCGGAAAGACUCGGUGUUCUACCUCUUGGCGCACUAUCUUCUCCAUCCGACGAACAAGGUUUGGGGAUUGAUCACGAGGUUCUACGACUCCUACCUGAGGGAUUCGGACGAACGGCUCGGCAUCCAGGUCAGGGUGUUCGACGGGGACACCCCGUUCAAGCACAUCUUGGAUCAGAUCACCGCUUGCACGUCACAGGAGCGGUUGCUACCGGAGGUGGUGGAGCAAGAACCGUCGUCGUUCCCAGCUCCGGCGGCGGCGGCGACGGCGGCGCGGUCCAAGGCCGUCCUGAUGACCGGCCUGAACUCGUGGUACUACGACAACAUCCGGUCCAGGUACUGGCAGUCACCGACGGCCACCGGCGAGGUGGUGCGCGUGCACCAGCCGAGCCACGAGGAGCACCAGCUGUCCGGGAGCACGACGCACGACAUGAAGGCGAUGGCGGAGAUGUACCUGCUGAGCAUGACCGACGCCAUCGUCACCAGCGGGUGGUCGACGUUCGGGUACGUCGGCCACGGCCUCGGCGGGCUCUCGCCGUGGGUCAUGUUCAAGCCGGAGAACCUCACGACGCCGGACCCGCCGUGCCGGCGCGCCGUGUCCAUGGAGCCGUGCUUGCACGGGCCGCCCUUCUACGACUGCAGGGUGAAGCGUGGCGCCGACACGGGGAAGUUGGUCCCACAUGUCAGACACUGUGAGGACAUGAGCUGGGGACUGAAACUUGUUCACCCAGAGUGAAGAAGGGUGAAGAGGUUAUGUAAAAAAAAGACAGAAAUUUUUGGACAAUUGGGAUCAAGCUCUGCUGUUAGACAUUUCACCUUUAUACCAUCUUUGUUGAUGAACUGCUCAAGGGCGGCAGCCAUUGACUGGUAACAGUUUUAUCUGAGAAGGCGUCCAAUUUAUAUUUGCAAGAAAACAACUGAAUAACUCUGACA